CGGCCCGGCCGCCCGCCGCGGUACUCGGCGGGACCUCGCUGCUCUUCGCCCUGCUCCUGGGGAGCCCCGCGGCAGCUCUGGCGGGAGAUGCGCCCCGGGAAGGAGACACUGGCCCUUCGGGUGCUUCCCUUCUGCCCUCGGGAGCGCUGGGGAGUAGCAGCAGUCUGAGCAAAGAGAGCCUCGAAGAGAGAGUGACUUUGGCCCCUCUGAAUCCAGCGCAGUCGGGGGAAGAUCUUCUAGAGCCAGGGCUAGAAGGGGCAGCCCCUUCGGCCCCCCUGUCCACGCGGCUGCCGGAGGAGGCCGCCACCAAGCGCGCCCUCCCCUCCGGGAAGAAGCUGCCUUCGCUCAAGCAGGUGAACUCGGCCAGGAAACAGCUGCGGCCCAAAGCCACCUCCACGGCAGCUGUCCAGAGGGCGGCGUCCCCGCCUGCAUCCUCAGGUCUGGGGCUCCUCUCCUCCGCCACCGAGAAGCCCCGCCCCCCGGGAGAACCCGAGCCCGCCGCCUCCGAAGAGCCCCUCUGGCUGGACCGGAAGGCAGGUGCGGUCCCCACGACGCCUGCACCCCUGCAGAUCUCCCCCUUCACCUCGCAGCCCUACAUGGCCCACACGCUCCCCCAGAGGCCCGACCCCGGGGAGGCUGCGGCGCCUGAUGACGCCCCCGAGGCUCCCCCAGAAGAUGCCAGUCCCAUGACCUUAAUGGACAAAGGCGAGAACGAACUGACCGGGUCAGCCUCAGAGGAGAGCCAGGAGACCACGACAUCCACCAUCAUCACCACCACAGUCAUCACGACUGAGCAGGCCCCCGCUCCCUGCAGUGUGAGCUUCUCCGAUCCUGAAGGGUACAUCGACUCCAGUGACUACCCACCGCUGCCCCUCAGUAGCUUCCUGGAGUGUAUGUACAACGUGACGGUCUACACUGGCUACGGUGUGGAGCUCCAGGUGAAGAGCGUGAACCUGUCUGACGGCGAGCUGCUCUCCAUCCGCGGGGUGGACGGUCCCACCCUGACUGUCCUGGCCAACCAGACUCUCCUGGUAGAGGGACAGGUUAUCCGAAGUCCCACCAACACCAUCUCUGUCUACUUCCGGACCUUCCAGGAUGACGUCCUUGGGACUUUCCAGCUGCAUUAUCAGGCCUUCAUGCUGAGCUGCAAUUUUCCCCGCCGGCCCGACUACGGGGAUGUCACGGUGAUGGACCUGCACCCGGGCGGGGCGGCCCACUUCCACUGCCACCUGGGCUAUGAGCUCCAGGGCGCCAAGACGCUGACUUGCAUGAAUGCCUCCAAGCCACACUGGAGCAGCGAGGAGCCCGUCUGUUCAGCCCCUUGUGGAGGGGCUGUGCACAAUGCCACCAUUGGCCGGGUCCUCUCCCCAAGUUACCCAGGAAACACCAAUGGGAGCCAGUUCUGCGUGUGGACCAUCGAAGCUCCGGAGGGCCAGAAGCUACACCUGCAUUUCGAGAGGCUGUCAUUGCAUGAGAAGGACAGGAUGAUGGUCUACAGUGGCCUGAUCAACAAGUCUGCUCCUCUCUAUGACUCCCUCCAAACCGAGAAUGUCCCCUUUGAGGGUCUGCUGAGUGAGGGCAACAGCAUCCGCAUUGAGUUCACGUCUGACCAGGCGCGAGCAGCCUCAGCCUUCAACAUCCGGUUCGAGGCCUUUGAGAAAGGCCACUGUUAUGAGCCCUACAUUCAGAAUGGGAAUUUCACCACAUCUGACCCGACCUAUAACAUCGGAACGACAGUGGAGUUCACCUGCGACCCUGGCCACUCUCUGGAGCAAGGUCCGGCCAUUAUCGAGUGCAUCAACGUGCGGGACCCAUACUGGAAUGACACAGAGCCCCUAUGCAGAGCCAUGUGUGGUGGGGAGCUCUCUGCCGUGGCCGGGGUAGUUCUGUCCCCAAACUGGCCAGAGCCGUAUGUGGAAGGUGAAGACUGUAUCUGGAAGAUUCACGUAGGGGAGGAGAAACGGAUCUUCUUAGAUAUCCAGUUGUGAGUGUUUAUGAUGGGUGGACCUCCAGUCCAGCCUGAUUGGGGAAGAGAUGGCUCCCACUUUGUUCUUUCAGCCAGUGUUAAUGAAGCAUCUGCUAGGUGUCAGGGACUGUGUGCAAAGAGCUGGAGUCCCAGUGGUGGGAGAAACGACAACAUCGUGCACGCACAGACAAAUGAAAACAUCAUGCACAACCUAGCCUCCAGACAUUCCGUCUAUGGAGGAAGCAGGCAUUAAAGGUAGAAAUGCACCCACAA